CGUCUGAGUCCGCCUCCGCCCGUCCUGUAGCUGAGAGGGCAACGGAGCUAACGCCGAGCCUCCAAACUCUGAAAAAUAAAGCCAAAUACAAUUUAAUGUCCACAUCCAUCGACAUACGGCACUGAAGUACAGAGACUGUCUGUUGGCUGUGACAGCUGCUGGUUCAGGUUGUAUCAGAUGGAUUGAACUAAACUCAUAAAAUAAUGGAGGGCACUGGGCCUAGAAGAAGAUGGAAUACAAGAGCACCUAUGAGCACAGUACUGCUCCUUGUGUGCAUGUUCAUCCCCGCCGUUGCAGAAGUACAAAAGUGUAAAUCUGAUGAAGUUGAGACUGAAGAUGGAAUAUGUUGUAACAUGUGCCUUCCAGGUUUUAAGCUUUUGAACAAGUGUCAAAGUGAAGACAAGAGGACUAACUGCACCAGAUGUCCUGCUGGUCAAUACAUGAGCCAGCCCAACUACUACCAUAACUGCUUCAGCUGCAGGCAGUGCAAAUCUUCAAGAUCAGAGAUUGUAAUAACCCCAUGCAAAAGUAACCAAAACACUAUCUGUGGCUGUAAGGCUGGUUACUACAAACAUAUCAUUGACUCAAAAACAUUUGAAUGUGUCCAAUGUAAAAAGUGUAAACCUGAGGAAACAGAAAUACGGAAAUGUUUACCAGAGCACAACACAGUGUGUGCGUGUAAGGAGAAGUACUACAGAGUCAAGGACAUGUGUCAACCAUGCAGGAAUUGUACAGCUGAGUGUGGACACCUUUGUCCUAAGGAAAGCACAACAGCUCCUAAAGAUGAGAGUCAUUUUCUGAUCAACAUAAUUGCUGGAGUUGCGGUUGGAGCUGGGGUUUUAAUUGUGCUCAUGGCUGUCAUAACCCAUGUAGUUACAAAACGGCAAAUCAAGAAGAAGUUGUUGAAUCCAUCCUCCCAGUCAUCAGAUGUAUCCUUACACUUCUCCGAGCAAGUUUUGAUCCAAAGUGAGGAACCCUCCAGCAGCAGCAGCAGUGUCGAGGUGGUUCCUCCACGUGCUGUCUUUGUCGACAGGGAGCUGUCCAACCUGCCAGACUGUGUCCCCCUGGAAAUAAGGACCUCUGAUCUGAUCUACACGGUGCUGGAUGUGGUUCCUGUGGCACAGGUGAAGCAGCUGGUGCGCUCCCUCAAUGUGACAGACAAAGAAAUCGAAUGGGCGGAAAUGGACCACCGGUCCUGCAAGGAGGCCCACUACCAGAUGCUGAGGGUGUGGGCCGAGAGGGGAUCACGCACAGGUGGGGGUGGACGAGGAGGAAUGCUUCACCAGCCCUUGUUACAGGAAUUGUUGGACAAACUGAGACUGAUGCACCUGGGACAGGCAGCAGAGGAGCUGGAGACAAAGUAUAGCAUUCAGUAAUACUGCGACGCAUGCCAAGUGGAACAAAAGCUCAUGAAACCAAGUACUGUUCUCUUUAGAGACUCCCUCAGCGCAGACUCAAAGCAGCCGUUUUAUUUCUCAAGCAUCACUGAGCACUCUACCUCUCAUCCUGCUCUCACUGAGAUGACGGGAUCAAACUACUGAGAGCGACAGAGCAAAUGGCUCAGGGAAUGAGAGUCCAACAUAUAAGAUUCACACUGAUAAGGCAACUCACUCCUUCUGUGAAGAACUUUAAACAUGUAAGAUCUUAAGGCUGGAACACCAACUUAUUAACAGGUGAACUCAUAUACUGAUGUAUUGGAGGGAAACGGUUAUAACUAUAUACUGUACAACUUCUGAGUAUCAACCAUAUUUUGUAGUGCACAGCACGUUAUGUAUGCACCUUUUUUAAUUGAAAAGCAAACCUUUUAUAUAAUGGUCAUGUAAGCUACUUCAUUUGUCACCUAUGAAACCUAUCACUAAAUUAGCUGUAAAGACACAUUGCCAAAGUACAAUUAUAUUACUGCAUAGAGUUUUAAUUUAAUGGGAACAACAUGCCAGAUGCGUGUUGCUCCUGACCCCUCCACAGGCUCUUCACAGCUUCAUUUGCAUUCCUUAAAGCCCUAUCAUACAAGCAUUACGCAUAUGGCAGACAAAAACAGGACACGCCUUGUCUCUGUUUCAGCUAAGGAACUUUUUUUAAUACCAGUCUCAGCCUGCAGAUUCAGAUAUGAAUCAGUCACACAGACAAGCACUUUGACUCUCAAACUGUAUCAUACUCUGUUACCACAACUGUUUAUUGAUCAAUCAACAUUCAGAUUUUUCUUGAACAAAAAGUUAAACACCAGCAGUGUCACCUUCUAAUAAAUGUGAAGUAUGUAUAUUAA